AUGACACUGAAGAUGGAACGAUUUAUUCAACUAAAACAAAAACUCUCUAUCCCUCUGCUUCUCAGUCCUCCUCUUUCUUUCAGGCCAAUGCUCCAAAUCCCAGAACCCACUGUUAUGCUUGCAAGGUCGUCAUUACAUUUUCCCGGGAAUCCACAAAAUCCUUGGCGGGGGAUGUUUUUUCUACAGCUGAGAAGCUUGAGUCAAGGGUCUGUGAGUUUGGUAAUAUCACCACAAGGUAAACCCAAGUUUGAGACUUGUGAAACGGAGCCUCCAAAGAAGGAGAAAUGGAAAACAAAGAAAAGGCUGAAGCUACAGAGGAAGAGAGAGAAACAGAAGAGAAAAGAUGCCAAUAAGAGAGACCCUAGAAGGCUUGGAAUCAAAGGCAAGAAGAAGAGGCAGAGGUUUGCUAAUGCAGAGGAAAGGAUCGAGUACAAGCUAGAAAGAGCAAAAAUUAAGGAAGCCUUACUAAUUGAAAGGCUGAAGAGGUAUGAAGUUCCCCAAGCUCAGGGUCCUGUGGUAGAGCCUUAUAAGUUAUCCGGUGAAGAACGAUUUUAUAUGAAGAAAAUGGCCCAGAAACGGUCUAAUUAUGUUCCAGUUGGCAGAAGAGGAAUCUUCGGAGGUGUUAUUCUCAAUAUGCAUCUGCAUUGGAAGAAACACGAAACUGUCAAGGUCAUCUGCAAGCCUUGCAAACCUGGUCAAGUACAUGAAUAUGCAGAUGAGAUUGCUAGGCUGAGCAGUGGGAUUCCAAUCCAUAUAAUUGGAGAUGACACCAUAAUCUUCUAUCGAGGAAAGAAGUACGUGCAACCAGAGGUUAUGUCACCAGUUGAUACAUUGUCUAAGAAAAGGGCAUUGGAAAAAUCCAAGUAUGAGCAAUCGCUCGAGUCUGUAAGGCGCUUCAUUGCAAUCGCAGAAAAGGAACUUGAACUAUAUUACAGACAUGUUGCUCUUUAUGGUGAUCCAAACAAUAGGGAUCCGAAAUCAAUCCUCGAUCAUCCAAAAAUCAAACAUGAAUCAAAGAAGGUUGAACUUAUUAACAAGAAUAUUUCUUCAAUGACCGAAAAAGGUUCUGAAGUUAUUUCAGAGAUGGAAGCUGAUUUUACUGACCAUGAGCUAUCUGAACUCGAAGAUUAUGACGUUAAUGAAGACACCAUUUCUUCAGAUGAAAGCACGGGAGAUAACUCCUUUAGUGAGCAAGAAGAUGUUGCCAGUUGCUCCAAGUCACCAAUAAUAGAUGAAUGUAAAGAAAAUUCUGGCUAUAAAGAAACUCGAGAAACUUUAAUAUGA